AUGACAGGACCCAACAAGACAGAGGCUCUGCUCGUUGAUCUGCACAGCCAGACGCGUGCAUCUGCGUCGCCAGAAACACUCACAGCUGUCGCUCACUUCCUCGCCUCUAUUGACCCUGAGGAAGUCUCUGCUGAACAUGCCUCAAAGCUGCUGGAUCUUCUUGAUUUGAUAUCUGCACUCGAUGAUCAUGUAGCAGUCUUGGAAAUAUUUCGCCGCAUGCUCGAGCGUUAUCCACCACAGGUGCUAUCGCCUGCUCAUGUCUAUUUUGUUCGACAAUGCUGUGUGGCAAGGCAGUAUGAUGCUGCUAUGGAUCUUGCUUACCGAUCUAUUGAGCACAUCCCAAAGGACUGCGGCUUGACCUAUCGAGCGCCCUUGCAGUAUCAUUACUACCUGGGCAUGUGCUGUGCUGCACUACAGCACUUUGAUCGCGCAGGGUACCUCUUCUCUUUGGUGGUCUCAUCGCCCUCAGUUCUUCCUCAACAGCGCAAAAGCAAAAUACAGGUCGAUGCAUACAAGAAAUUCCUGCUGAUGGGAUUGUUGCAGGAUGGCAGACUACCAGAAAUGCCAAAGAUGACACUGGGAGGAGUUCGCAUGGCACUGGAAGUACUCGGAGCGACAUACACUGAGAUUGGACGUGCUAUGAUUGAAGCACAGGUAACAUUGCCUGCUUUGCUUGAACAGCACAAACAGGAAAUCACAAAUGACGGCAACAGUAGUCUCAUCAAGUCCGCUAUCUUGUGCAUGCCAACGCACCGUAUUCUUCAGGUCCAACGCACUCAUCUGAGUCUGACACUCACCAAGCUUGCAAGCAGAGUGGGCGAGACGGUUGAGCAAACGCGCUUUUUGCUGCAAUGGAUGCAGUCCACAGGACGCAUCCGUGUUGAAGUGGCGAAUGGCGACGAUGGUCAGGAGAAUGUCACGUUCCUACCACUCAAGUCAGAAUCGUCUAAUCUCGUUCAAAUACAGGAACUCGUCUUGUCCGUCAAGCUGCUCACAGACAAAGUGCAAGACAAGCAGCUGCAAGUCGACCUCGAUCCGAAAUUGCAUCAGCGAAAUAAGCGUCUUGCUGGUGGCAAAGGUGCUCAUAUGCACUCGCCGCUCGAUGCGAUGCAUGGCCAGGAGACCGGAGUGAACGCGUAG